AUGGCACUGCUCAAAACAAUGCCACCCUUAUGGCGAGAGUGCCUCUCCUCUGCGUUCCGCUUAGCCCUGGCGUGCACCAUAGUGGGAUGCGUCACUCUUUUUGCUCCAUCGUCCAUCUCCACCCUCGUACCUUUUCCUGCAUUUUCAUAUCUCACAGCUAUUCUCAUCAUCGUUAAUCUCGCCACCUUCGGAGACGCCUUGCGCGAAAGCUGUCUCGCGUUCUACGUCACCCUUCACACCGUGGUCCUCGCCAUGUUCAGCCUGUGGCUUCUCGGAAUAAGAUGUCUCUCCAAAGUGGCCACCGCCGUGGUGGUGACGGUAGCCGCAUUUGUGGUGGUCCUUCCUUGGCCUCACUCCGCGCAUUUGAUAGCUAAACGCUUAGCUUUGGGUCAGAUAGUGGUGGUGUACGUGGUGGCGUACGAUAAUGGCGUUCACACUGAUCCUCUGAUGCACCCUUUAGGCUUGGCAGCUAGCACUACCUUAGGUGUUCUUGCUUCCGUUGUGGCGUUGCUUCUUCCAUACCCUCGUCUUGCAUGCUCCCAGAUGAAUGAAAGCUCCAAGCUAUUAACAAAAAAUAUCUUGAAGAGAUUGAAGCUUCUCAUAAAAGUAAUAUGCGAGGAGGACAAAGCCACUGCAAUUGGAUUAAUCUCUCAUACCAAAUCUUUGGUAACUAAACGAACCAAGCUCCUUUCUAUGAUCACACUCUACCAAGAGGGCAUGAAGUGGGAGAUGCUUCCAAUGAAAAUUUUCAGACCACAUUGCUUGAGCCUAAAAGAGAGACUUGAAGAGGUAGAAACCAAUCUGAGAGGGAUGGAGCUGGCUUUGACAUGCACCGAUGCAUUCCCAAUCAACAUUCUCAACCAAGACCUUAAAGAUGUUCUUAAUAGCCUUGAGGAACAUGUUACCCUAACCCUAAAACAAGCUAAACAGGGCUUACGUGGCGGUUCACUAACUGUUCCCGAAUCCAAUGCAAAAGAUAUAACACAUUUUCUUCAAUCCCUUCAUACCCUUCCAAGAACUCACCAAGAAUUACACAUUUUCUUCGUCUUAUUUUGCGCCAAACUCCUCUACAGAACACCAUUGACCCAAACUCCAACGUGUGCUCAAGAUAAUAGCAAAAAUGAAAACUCUCUUGAGGGUAAAGAAAAGUGGGCUAAUUGGAUAGCAAGAUUGAGAAAUACAGAUUUUAUUCCAGCAAUUAAAUUCUCUCUCUCUUUGGGCCUCACAGUGUUCAUGGGCUUAGUAUAUAGCAAAGAAAACGGGAUCUGGGCUGGGCUCUCGGUGGCCGUGAGCUAUGUUUCAGGGAGGGAGGCGACAUUUAGAGCAGCGAAUGUUAAAGCCCAUGGGACCGUGUUGGGAACUGUGUACGGCGUUUUGGGCUGCUUAGUAUGUGAGAGCUUAGUGACCCUAAGAUUCUUGUCUCUCUUUCCAUGGUUCAUUUUCACAAGCUCCCUUCAACGAAGCCAAAUGUAUGGGCCUGCUGGGGCCAUUUCGGCAGUUAUUGGGGCCAUUCUAAUUCUUGGUAGGAAAAACUAUGGCCCACCAAGUGAGUUUGCUAUGGCCCGAAUCGUUGACACCUUUAUUGGGCUCUCAUGUUCUAUUUUCGUGGAUCUUAUAUUCUGGCCCAAAAGAGCUUCCACUUGUGCGAAAAUGGAACUCUCUCAAUGCUUGGCCACACUUGGUGAGUGCAUUGAAUCGUUGAGUCUUGGUGAAACCGAUUUUGGAGAAAAGCAAAGGAGGUUGAAAAUGCAAGUUAACGAGCUCAAGAAAUUUGUUGUGGAAGCAGAAGUGGAACCUAAUUUUUGGUUUCUACCAUUUGACAGUGUUUGUUAUGAUAAGGUUUUGGGGUCAUUGUCAAAAGUGGUGGAUCUCUUGUGGUUUGGAGAACAUGCUCUGAAGUUCCUCCAACAAGAAUUCCAACGAUGUGGGGCUUAUGAGAAAGAGGAUGUGAAGAUGCUAGAUGGUGAACUUGAACAUGUCAAGGAGUUGAUUUGCUCUUGGAUAAAAAAUCUUGAGGAGAUUUCUAGAAUGAAAUUUGUUGAGAAGAAUGACAACCCUUGUGAUCUUGAAGCAGGAAAGUCAAGUGAGUGGAACAUGGUUUCAGGUUUAGGAGAAGAUGGGAUAGAACAAACAAUUGGAUGUUUUCUCCAAUGGUCUACAAUUGUUGCUGAUAACUUGAAUGGUGAUGAAGGUGAUAAGGAAUUGAAGAGCCAAGUUGUUCUGAGUUUGAGUGCUUUAGGGUUCUGCUUGUGUGCAUGCAUGCGGGGGACAAUAGAAAUUGAAGAAGCAUUUUUGACGAAUGUAACUGGAAAUUGA